UUUUUUGUUUUUUUGGGGCAGCUGUACCGGAGGCUGUCGGAGGUGCUGGGGCUGAACGACGAGACCAUGGUGCUGAGCGUCUUCAUCGGCAAGAUCAUCACCAACCUGAAGUACUGGGGCCGCUGCGAGCCGAUCACCUCCAAGACCCUGCAGCUGCUCAACGACCUUUCCAUCGGCUACAGCAGCGUCCGCAAGCUGGUCAAGCUCAGCGCCGUGCAGUUCAUGCUCAACAACCACACGAGCGAACAUUUUUCCUUCCUGGGCAUCAACAACCAGUCCAACCUGACGGACAUGCGCUGCCGCACCACCUUCUACACCGCCCUGGGCCGCCUCCUCAUGGUGGAUUUAGGGGAAGAUGAGGAUCAGUACGAGCAGUUCAUGCUGCCCCUCACCGCUGCCUUCGAGGCCGUGGCUCAGAUGUUCAGCACCAACUCCUUCAACGAGCAGGAGGCCAAGCGCACGCUGGUGGGGCUGGUGCGGGACCUGCGGGGCAUCGCCUUCGCCUUCAACGCCAAGACCAGCUUCAUGAUGCUCUUCGAGUGGAUUUACCCCUCGUACAUGCCCAUCCUGCAGAGAGCCAUCGAGCUCUGGUACCACGACCCCGCCUGCACCACGCCCGUGCUCAAGCUCAUGGCCGAGCUGGUGCACAACAGGUCCCAGCGGCUCCAGUUCGAUGUCUCCUCUCCCAACGGGAUCCUGCUCUUCCGGGAGACCAGCAAGAUGAUCACGACCUACGGGAAUCGCAUCCUGACGCUGGGCGAGGUGCCCAAGGACCAGGUGUACGCGCUGAAGCUCAAGGGCAUCUCCAUCUGCUUCUCCAUGCUGAAGGCGGCGCUCAGCGGCAGCUACGUCAACUUCGGCGUCUUCCGCCUCUACGGGGACGACGCGCUGGACAACGCCCUGCAGACCUUCAUCAAGCUGCUGCUCUCCAUCCCCCACAGCGACCUGCUGGAUUAUCCCAAGCUCAGCCAAUCCUACUAUUCCCUGCUGGAAGUGCUCACCCAGGACCACAUGAACUUCAUCGCCAGCCUGGAGCCCCACGUCAUCAUGUACAUCCUGUCCUCCAUCUCCGAGGGCCUCACCGCGCUGGGUAACUCCUGCUGCUCCUUCCUGCCCUUCCUGGGGUUUGGGGAGGGAUUUUCCUGGGAUUUGAUUCGAAUUUUCCCUGUGGGGAUUCAAAAUUUCCAUGUGGGGAUUCAAAUUUUUCGUAUGGGGAUUCGAAUUUUCUAUCCAUGGGAUCCCUGGGAUCAGGAUAGGAUGGGAUCCAUGGCAGUGGGAUCCAUGGGAUUGGGACCCAUGGGAUCCCUGGGGGGGGUGCAGGGGCUGCCUUUAACCCUUGGCUCCCCGUGCCAGAUGCUCUCGACGGUGCUGAACAUCAUCAUCUUCGAGGACUGCCGGAACCAGUGGUCCAUGUCCCGGCCCCUGCUCGGCCUCAUCCUGCUCAACGAGAAGGAAUGCUGGAAUGUGAUGGAACGCUGGAAUGUGAUGGAAUUCUUCUCUCUCCCUCUCCCCAGGUUCACCCAGAACCUGUCGGCGUUCCGGAGGGAGGUCAACGACUCCAUGAAGAACUCGAGCUACGGCGUCAACAGCAACGACAUGAUGAGCUGA